GCGGUCGAAGCGGGUAUAUUUCCGCCUGACCAACUGUAUUUUGGCGAAGUGUAGGUCCGUUGCGUGGCGUUUAAUAUCUGGAUGCGCUGCCGCUGAAGUGGGAAGUUUGGAGUUCUCGCUUCUCUUCAGGCAUGAGUCAUGUGGUGGUGGAAAAUGCGCUUGGUCUGGACCAGCAGUGUUGCGCCUGACUAGGCCUUGUUACCAGAGUGGAAAGUUUUGUGACGCAGAAGAGCCGGAAAGGGAUACUGGGGAGGAAAAGAAUGGCCGCCGCUUGCUUCUCUCCACUCCUGUCUGCGUAUAAUGAAGUUGGACUUAGGCACGGAGACUCCUGGGAGUUUGCUGGUCUAGACCUGAACUCCUCUGAUAAUCAGAGUGGAGGAGGAAGUACAGCAAGCAAAGGUCGAUAUAUACCUCCCCACUUAAGGAACAGAGAAGCGUCUAAAGGAUAUUAUGAUAAAGACAGUUCAGGAUGGAGUUGUAGUAAAGAUAAGGACGCCUAUAGCAGUUUUGGGUCUCGAGAUUCAAGAGGAAAACCCAGUUACUUCAGUGAUCGAGGAAGUGGAACAAGGGGAAGGUUUGACGAUCGUGGACGGAAUGAUUAUGAUGGUAUGGGCAGUCGUGGUGACAGAACUGGCUUUGGCAAAUUUGAACGCAGUGGACACAGUCGUUGGUGUGACAAGUCAGAUGAAGAUGACUGGUCAAAACCACUUCCACCAAGUGAACGCUUGGAGCAGGAACUGUUUUCUGGAGGAAACACUGGAAUUAACUUUGAGAAAUAUGAUGAUAUACCAGUAGAGGCAACUGGCAAUAACUGUCCUCGACAUAUUGAAAGUUUCAGCGAUGUUGAGAUGGGAGAAAUUAUCAUGGGGAACAUUGAGCUUACUCGUUAUACUCGUCCUACUCCAGUGCAGAAACAUGCCAUUCCUAUUAUCAAAGAAAAAAGAGAUUUGAUGGCUUGUGCCCAAACAGGGUCUGGAAAAACUGCAGCAUUUCUUUUGCCAAUUUUGAGUCAGAUUUAUACAGAUGGUCCAGGCGAGGCUUUGAAGGCUGUGAAGGAGAAUGGAAGGUAUGGACGCCGUAAACAAUACCCAAUUUCCUUGGUUUUAGCUCCAACAAGAGAAUUGGCUGUACAGAUCUAUGAGGAAGCCAGAAAAUUUUCAUACCGGUCUCGAGUUCGUCCUUGUGUGGUAUAUGGUGGUGCUGAUAUUGGUCAGCAGAUUCGAGACUUAGAACGUGGAUGUCACUUGUUAGUUGCCACUCCAGGACGCCUGGUGGAUAUGAUGGAAAGAGGAAAGAUUGGGUUAGAUUUUUGCAAAUACUUAGUGUUGGAUGAAGCUGAUAGAAUGUUGGAUAUGGGGUUUGAACCUCAAAUACGUCGUAUAGUUGAACAAGAUACUAUGCCACCAAAGGGUGUUCGCCAUACCAUGAUGUUUAGUGCUACUUUUCCCAAGGAAAUUCAGAUGCUUGCUCGUGAUUUCUUGGAUGAAUAUAUCUUUCUGGCUGUAGGUAGAGUUGGCUCUACCUCUGAGAACAUCACACAGAAAGUAGUUUGGGUAGAAGAGUCAGACAAAAGGUCAUUUCUGCUUGACCUCCUAAAUGCAACAGGGAAGGAUUCACUGACUUUAGUUUUUGUGGAGACCAAAAAGGGUGCCGAUUCUUUGGAGGACUUCUUAUACCAUGAAGGAUAUGCUUGUACCAGUAUUCAUGGAGACCGAUCACAGAGAGAUAGAGAGGAAGCCCUUCACCAGUUCCGCUCAGGAAAAAGCCCAAUUCUAGUGGCUACUGCUGUGGCAGCAAGAGGACUAGACAUUUCAAAUGUGAAACAUGUUAUCAAUUUUGAUUUGCCAAGUGAUAUUGAGGAAUAUGUACAUCGGAUUGGCCGUACAGGACGUGUAGGAAACCUUGGCCUUGCCACCUCAUUUUUCAAUGAAAGAAAUAUAAAUAUCACAAAGGAUUUAUUGGAUCUUCUUGUUGAAGCUAAACAGGAAGUACCAUCUUGGUUAGAAAAUAUGGCAUAUGAACAUCAUUAUAAGGGUAGCAGUCGUGGGCGUUCUAAAAGAUUCAGUGGAGGAUUUGGUGCCCGAGACUAUCGACAAAGUAGUAGUUCUGGAAGUUCGACCUUUAGUAGUAGUCGUGCAGGCAGCAGUCGCAGUGGUGGAGGUGGUCACAGCAGCAGCAGAGGAUUUAGUGGAGGUGGCUAUGGAAGCUUCUACAAUAGUGAUGGAUAUGGAGGAAAUUAUAACUCCCAAGGGGUUGACUGGUGGGGCAACUGAAUCUCCUUUGCAGCAAAGUCACCCUUUUAAAAUAAAAAUUUAAAAAAAAAAAAAAAAAAAAAAAAAAAAAA